UUUUGCUUGUGAAAGUGAGUUUGUGGUAGUGGUAAAGAAUCGCCAACUAGCUACGCAACCACACUGAGAAAAUCUAAGCUGUCAUUCUUCAUAUUGAUAUCAUCUGCCAUCCAAACAGAGGCCAGGCACCCUACUCAAGCUAAGGUCACUGGCAACAUUCACAAAGGCCGAAUUGCUGUGAAUAUGUCAGGAUGGUUGCACUUGACACACUUGUCCUCUUUUUUUGCCAAUCCUACUUGUUCAGUGUUUAUGAUAUUCUGUUCUUGGGCUAAAGAGAUUCAUGGGUUACAAGAAGUUAUUAAGCAUUUGAUGCAAGUUCAUUUAUAUCCAACUAAAAUGAUAAUUAAUUUAGUUGGAUGUGAGUGAACUUGAGGUUAAAUUAUUUUAGAUUCUCCUUUCACUCUUAUCUGUACUGUAGAUUGAAUCCAGUAUAUGGUUAACUAAAUUGCUUGAAAGAUUUUUAUCAGAAGGUUCACUAUAUUGCAUAUAAUUAUAUGUCACCAUUAUAGCAACAUCUGAGUAUUCUUGUUUUUCGAUGCUUUAGAUAUCAAUAAAUGGAUUGGUUAACCUCUCUUUUUUCUCUCCCCAUCAGGCUAAGCAAUGUGAGUAGGGUUUUCUAACAACAAAUGUGGUUGGGUGAAGCAAGCUUGAACUUGGACAUCAUGUUAUGUAAUGUGAAUAUGUGGUUUGAAUAUGUAAUUCAUAUGCAUUUCUGCAUGCUGUCAGUCAACGAGUUUGUUUGCUAAGUAGAAAAUUACAGUCUUGUGUGGGGUAGCCAGGAACUAAAUGAAAUAGGGAUUAAAUUCCUAUCCCACUGAGAAAAUAAAUUAGUUCUGAAAAGAACAUUACUUUCGUAAUGCAAUAUUCAUUGGGCUUACUUAUAUCUUGUUUUCAGCCUCAUUCUUCUUCCUAAUAAGAUUUAUCCUAAUAUUUUUUUCACUUUGUUUCCUAGUUUCCUGCGAAUGAACAGAACCUAUUACGUGAUGGUAAGCAUCCGUAUUCCUGUGAUAUGUGUCAUAAAUCAUUCACUUGUCAAACUACACUGAAGAAUCAUCAACACAUUCACAAUGAGGACCGUCCAUAUUCCUGUAUUGUGUGUAAUAAGUCAUUCACGAGUAAAGGUAGUUUGAAGAUACAUCACCGUGUACAUAGUGGAGAGCGUCCAUAUUCCUGUGAUUUGUGUAAUGGGUCAUUUAGUCAUAUGAGUAUUCUUAAGAAUCAUCUACACAUGCACAGUGGGGAGCGGCCAUAUUUAUGUGAUGUAUGUAACAAAACAUUCACUCGACAGAGUAAUCUGAAGAGACAUCAGGUUAUGCACAGUGGAGAAAGGCAAUAUUCGUGUGGUGUGUGUAAGAAGUCAUUUUUUGAGAACAGCACUUUGAAGAAACAUCUACGCAUCCACAGUGGGGAGCGGCCCUAUACCUGUGAUCUAUGUAACAAAACAUUCACUCUACAGUGUAAUCUGAAGGAACAUCAGCGUACACACAGUUCAGAAAGGCCAUUUACCUGUGAUGUAUGUAACAAAACAUUCACUCUACAAGGUAAUCUGAAGAAACAUCAUUAUAAGCACAGUGGAGAAAGGCCAUAUUCCUGUGGUGUGUGUAAAAAGUCAUUUUUUGAGAAGGGCGCUUUGAAGGAACAUCUAUGCCUGCACAGUGGGGAGCGGCCCUAUACCUGUGAUGUAUGUAACAAAACAUUCACUUUCCAGAGUAAUCUGAAGAGACAUCAGCAUUUGCACAAUGGAGAAAGGCCAUUUUCCUGUGAUGUCUAAUAAGUCACUCAGUGUUCAGAGUAAUCUAAAGGAACAUCAGCAUAUGCACAGUGGAGAAAGUCCAUAUUCCUGUGAUUUGUGUAAUGGGUCAUUUGGUCGGAGGAGUGAUCUUAACAUACAUCUAUGCAUCCACAGUG